AUGAGCCUCAGCAAAUUUGAGUCUACACUGAAUCCAGGGUUUAUGAAACUGGGGACAAGAAAAUAUACUCAACUGAACAGUUAUGGUGAAAUACCCAUGUCUUCUCUUCCAGCAUCCAUUUUGUCUCACAUGAUAGCUGUAAGCAAUGUGCCUCCUCCUCCACUCUGCAGUAUUCCAAGCUUGCAAAUACCUAAGAACAUUGAUUAUGGUCAGUUGAAUGCAUUAUGCCACAUGAGAGGAAUACAAUACAGCAGGAGCCAGACCAAUAUCCUAUCAGCGCACAAUAGGUUUAGGAAGCAAUAUCCUAAAAUAUUCAUACAGAAAAAACCCAGACUGCCUAAACUUUUCAAAGAGGAAGGGAAAAGAAAACCUGCUGAAGGCACAGCAGAAAGUAGACCCCAACAAGCUGAUGAUUCUCACAAUAUAGCUGUCCAUGUCAAAAAAAAGCAUGGUGGCCGUACUUUAUAUGGACCAAAAAAAUCUGAAGAGAAUUUAGUAGAAUUCAUGGCUAUCUUAAAGAAAUUGCCCAUUCACAGGAUGCCAUCUGAACACAACGUUGUAUGGAAGAUGCUGAGAACGAUUCCAGAUUUAACCUCUCAGUUAAUUGAUGAGCAUCUGAAAAUACUUAGUAAGAAUGUCAUUUCUGAAACCUGGAUAAAAGGCAGCACAGUGAUUGGAAAUGAUGGAUUUUAUGUAAUACUGAAAGGCCUAGCUCGACCUCAAACACAGAUAUAUAGAAAUCUGAUUGAAGAAAAUGAGUCUACAACCUCUUUCAUAUCUCAGAGUUUCCACAGCUUUGUUUUCAGUGAAGACUUCAGAAACUCUAUAGUGGCUGGAAUGCACAUACCUUCAAUGGACCCAAUGCUUGGACAAUGGAGUACCUUUGGAACCUUGGAGGUUACAGCUCAGAUUGAAUCAGAAACAAAGGUAUACUCAGUGGUGACAGAGGAAGAUUGUGAAAUUCUUAAAAUCCCUGCAAAGAAUUAUGGCAAGUUAAAAUCUGAAAAAACAAAACUGGAAAAUAAACAUAAGGUGAAAUUAAUCUGUAAGUGUCCAUACUACGUGGAGUGGCCUUUAUCCAUAUAUGAGCUAGUAACACUCACUAAAUGGAAGAAAUUUCCCCCAGGUCAAGUAGUUGUGGAAAGUGGAAAUAUAAUCUCUUUUGUGGCUGAUAUUAAUUCUGGAUAUUGUAAGAUUUACAGAAAUAUUGUAGGACUUUCAAAACCACAAUCAAGAAAAGUGAAAAAAAUUCAAAAACUUGUUUAUAUGGGUAGACUUAAGGAGAAGGUGUCUUUUGGUGAGAUUAGUGUUCUUCUUCAAGUUCCUUUCACAUGCACAAUAGUUACUGGAAAAGACAUUGAGAUGGCAAUUAUUGAAGAUAAGGACCUACUUGAGAAUAUGUACCGUCUACCUUCGUAA